AUGGCCACAGCCCACUUGGCCGAGGAUUCUGCCUUGCUCACUAGAGCUGAAUCAGGUCACCUACCAAUGGGAGCUCUGAACCACCAUAUGUCGGGUGAUGACCCUCAGAAAUCUAACGUGGAAUUGAAACCACCAAAGGACCGGAAGAAACCUACUUCCAUGUUCCCAAAAGACACCAAAGUUACUUACGGAGUAACUGAGAACAAAAAAUUGGUUUCUAGGGUUUUCAUAGUUGUGAAAGUCGAAUACGACGAGAACAUCAAGGAACACAAACAUCAGCUGAAGCUGGAUUCCAAUAACAAGGAUGAGCCAUUGUUCGAGAAUGGCAGAUGGUUUACGGAGUCGGAACUGGAAGUAGAGUAGUGUGUCACCUCAUGCGGAUGGAACGUAGCCUAGCAAGCAUUAGCAGCCACUCGUACGAAAAUGACUGACCGG